GACCCAAAGAGAUCCAGCUACUGAUUAGCCACAAAGAAGGUCAGCUCGUACCUCAGAAAGUUCGCUCAAUCGGUGAUCUGGUGCUCUGGGAUGGCCCACUAGGCAAGACGGUCGGAGGCACGCACCCGAACCUCUUUGAGGAAGUUACUGUAACAGCUCAUACGUCAAAGACUCACUUUGCAAGAUCCAUGAGAACUGCGGCUGUUAAGUACAAUGAACUUACUUCUAAAGAGUCAGUUUCCCGUCAGUACACUAACCAACCUGAGGUCCAAUCCAAUACAGCCACCAGCAGCAAAGAGUUCCUAAAAUGGUGGAAAUGGGAGAGUAUUGGAGCCGCCUGUGAGCCAAAAUGUGGAGGUUGCCGCUGCGGGAACUGCCAGCCUGGAGGAAAAGAAAUGACACUCGCUGAAGAGAGAGAAAUGGAGAUCAUAAGAAAUGGCCUGACUUAUGUGACCGGAGAUGAACACAGCCCUGAACCACACUGGCACGCAAAGUAUCCGUGGACCGCAGAGCUGGAAUCUCUGCCCAACAACAGAAGAGCAGUAGAAGCAACUUUCCUCAGGACAGAAAAACAACUGUCGAAAGAACCUGAGUGGAAGACAGCCUACACCUCACAAGUUCACGAAAUGAUCGUUCGUAAAGCUGCAGUGAAGCUGUCCAAAAACCUUCUACAGAGCUGGACUGGGCCAGUGUGGUAUGUCAGCCACUUAAUUGCACCAAACCCACACUCUGUCUCCACCCCAGUGAGAUUGGUGUGGAACAGUAGUCAGAAGUACAGAGGUCUCAGCCUGAACGACAUGCUGAUCAAAGGUCCAGAUGUCCUGAAUCCAACAAGAGCCGUCCUGCUGAGGUUUCGUGCUGGGGUCUUUGCUGCGCUUGGUGACAUCCGUAAAAUGUACAACUCUGUCUGGUUGGAGGAGAGAGAGGUCCAUCUGCAUCGAUUUCUCUGGCGUGACACGGAAGAGUCUGAGAUAGAAGACUAUGCUAUCACCAGGGUAAACAUCGGAGAUAAACCUGCCGGUUGCAUCGCCCAGGUUGCCAUGCGAGAGACUGCCAACCUACCUCCAUUCAGUCACCUAAAAGAGGAAAGACGUGUACUUGAAGAAGAUGCAUAUGUGGAUGACAUCUUAACUUCUCACAACAACCUUGACCAUCUAAACCUCCUCACGUCUAACAUCGAACGCAUCCUGAGAGCAGGCGGGUUCUACAUGAAGCCUUGGGUCUAUUCAGGUCAAAGUGGGAGGAAGCCCAGAGAUGAGAAGACAGAGCACCCAGAGGUUAUGAUCCUGCCAAACCAGCUCACCGAAGAUGACAACAAAGCCCUUGGCCUAGGCUACACAAUAGACGACGACAAACUCCAUGUUAUGGCUGCAGUAAACUUCUCUAAAAAGAAGAAAAAGAUGCGCCUCGGCCAAGACCUGCUUAAGGAAGAAGUAAGAACCCAAACUCCAGAUCCGCUGACAAGAAGACAACUGCUGAGCCAAGUCUCUGGACUAUAUGACCCCCUUGGACUUGUGACUCCUGCAAAACAAAAAGGGGCCAUUCUUGUCAGGAGAGCCUUUCAGGAAGCAAAAGCAAAGUACUCUUUAGAAGAAGACACCUGGGAUGCUGCCUUAUCCAAAGAACUCAGAGAAGACGCCAUACAACUGCUCGAAGAAUAUGCUGUCCUGAGCCAACUUCGAUUCACUCGCUCCCUGACUCCAUUAGAUCCUUGCGCACAACCAAUUGGCAUUACCUUUUCAGAUGGCAGCGAACACGCAUAUGGUGCUGUGAUGUACCUUCGUUGGAGCUGCAGCGAUGGUGUCGUCGUGAGACUGGUCGAGUCUAAAGCCAAGCUGACUCCUCUUGACCACAAAGGUGAUCCUGUUAAAGCAGAGAUAUGUGGAGCAGUCUUUGCAGCUCGACUGAAGAACUAUUUCCAGAGACACUGCAGAAUUGACGUCAAGGAGUGGUUUCAUCUUGACAGUCAGACAGUCCUGGGCGCCAUUCAGCGUGAGAGUUAUGGUUACCAGACCUUCGCGAAUCGAGUAGGUGAGAUCCAGAGCAGCACGAACGUUGACGACUGGUGGUGGAUUCCAGGACAAACAAAUAUCGCGGACAUCAUCACCAGAGGGGCCAGUCCUGAACUUUUGACUGAGGACUCGGAGUGGCAGUCGGGUCCAAAGUUUCUUAAACUCCCUACAGAUGAGUGGCCGAAGAAAUCCGCCAGAGACGUUGCUGCACAAGCCAGAGACAAUGUCGCUAAAAUCCAGAAAAAGACUUUUACAGCAAUAGUUACCAAGACUCACCUGAAAGACCAUAAUCUAGUCAAAGACUCCAGAAGACCACCUGCAGGAACAACAAUCAAAGAGCUGGUAGACGAAAGGCGCUUCAGUGAUCUGAGGAAACUGGUCAAGACCAUUGCAUUCAUCUGGAGAGCAGCAAAAAAGUUUUUACAUGUCAAGACCAAAGACAAAGAAAAGUGGGAGGCAGUACAGUCAUCGGGUGUCAUCACAGUCUUUGAAAGAGAAGAUGCAUUCAGAGACCUUUGCCUGGCGGCACAACAGGGCGUGAACUUUCAAAGUACCACAACAGACAGGCUCGUUGUCUACAGAGACCAGUCAACUGGACUUUUAGUGUGUGGUGGCAGAAUCCAGACUUUCAAAGAGGAUGUAAAAGCUGUUCCCCUUCUACCAUUCCAAGCCUGGAUCUCUACCCUCUUAGCCAGAGAAGCUCAUGGAGAGGGGCAUGAAGGAGUGGCUGGAACCCUACUGAGAAUGAGGAGGAAGGCAUGGGUCAUCAAGGGAAGAAUUCUCGCCCAAAAGGUCGUAAUCAAGUGCAUCCUCUGCAAAAAGGCCAAAGCGAGAACCUGUCGGCAAAUCAUGGGGGACUUACCUGAGGAAAGAUCAAGUCCUGCUGCACCAUUUCAGUUUACAUCCGUUGACCUGUUUGGACCAUACCAUGUAAAGGAUGAUAUAAAGAGGCGAGUGACCAUGAAAGUAUGGGGCGUCGUUUUCUGCUGUAUGUCCAGUCGAGCCAUCCACGUUGAACUAGCAAAUACGCUAUCAACAGAGAGCUUCUUGCUUGCCUACCAGAGGUUCACUGCCGUCCGAGGCCACCCCCGAAAAAUCUGGUCUGACUCAGGCACAAACUUUAUAGGAGCAAAACCUAUACUAAAGGACAUGUAUAGUUUCCUGAGAGAGCAAAACGAAGCAUCACUAGAAGAAUAUGCCACCAGAAAUGGAACCCACUGGACAUGGAAGAUCCACCCUGCUGAUUCACCUCACAGAAACGGGGCUGCUGAAGCUGCUGUUAGAGUCACCAAAAGAGCUCUGUUGAGUCUUCGCAAGGUAGAAGGCCUUACUUUCAGCGAGUUCCUAACAACACUUCAGCUAGAUUCCAACCUAGCCAACGAAAGACCCAUUGAUGCCAAAAUCCAGAGUCAAGAGGAACGCAUAGAGUCCAUCAGUCCAAACACCUUGCUGCUUGGUAGAGCCUCAACGAGUGGAGACUUCAAGUCAUUUGAUUACACCACCUACCCUCUGAAGAGACUAAAGGAAAUUCAAAGCCAAGUCAACUACUUCUGGAAGUCCUGGAGCCAACUGGCCGGUCCCAAUCUAUUCAUUCGCAGUAAGUGGCAUACUGCUGAAAGGAACGUUGCCGUUGGAGAUGUCGUUUGGCUCUGUGACCAGAACGCAUUACGAGGUCAGUUCAAGCUUGCAAGAGUGGUUGGUGUGAGUACUGACAAGAGAGGUGUUGUUCGAGAUAUCUAUGUAAAGGUCUCCCCAAGUUAUGGUGCUUUCAGUGUGGUGAGGUCUCCAAAGCCAGUUCCUGUCGCUGGAGAUUCUGAAUCCUCAAAGAGCUGUCAGAGUACCAUCCUGCAUCGAGACGUCCGACGCCUCGUUGUCCUCUUGCCAGUGGAGGAGCAAGUUCAUAGAGACCAGCUCGCCUGAGGAAGUACGAUCUUUCAGGACAGUGCCACAAGAUCGAGUGGGAGGUGUCACGCUGAUCAGCGGAGGUGGUUGCCUCGCUGUGACCUGGAGUGCGCAGUGCCUCACAUGAACGCGCAGCACCUCACACAUGAGCGCGCAGCAGCCUGCGUGCGCUCAGCACGGAGGACAAUACACGCGCGCCGUUACCAGCUGAACUGAAUGAACGCAAUCAGCGCGGAAGCUGGGAACGCUUAAAACGGCAUUUCACCACUGCUUGUGUAAGAACUGAGCUGGAUGACGGCAGUUUCCACGAACUUGGAUGCUAAACUCAAACCACUGCGUGAGUGGGGCUUGGACUAUAAAGGGCUACUGGUUUUUCACCUAUCCCCACUCUACCUACUUCCUACUUCCUAUUUUCAACAAUGUUCAAUAACUUCCAACUACUACCACCUACUGCCAACUACUGUUGCUAAUAAAAGACUUGGAAAGAGUGAAA